UCUCAAACGGCUUAAUUAUGAAAAACUGCAAGCUAAGUUGUUUCUUUGUAGUCAUCUCUCAGAAAACAAGUUUUCUUGUUGACAUUGAUUUUACCAAGAGCUAGCUAUUGCAGCAUUCCAAUCAUUUCCAUUACUAAAAGGUAGAGAGCAAUUAUGGGUUCUGAGGCAAUACUGAAGGCACCCUAUAGAGCAGCCAUGAAAGGAAAAUGGGAUCUCAUGAUUGACUACUAUCAGAAACAUUCCAAAUAUUUGCACUCUCCACUUACGGCCUCUAAGGAGACUGCACUUCAUAUAGCUGUGUGCAGCAAACAAGAGCAACCACUUAAAGAUUUACUUGAAAUCAUGACGAAAAGCGAAUUGCCUUUAACUGAGACAGAAUUUCUCAAGAAAACAAACCAAUUUGGAAAUACGGUUCUUCACGAAGCAACCAUCUAUGGCAAUAAUAAGGCUGUAAAACUCUUGGUAGACCGUUGUCCCGAGCUGCUUUCGGUUCCAAAUGAGUUCGGUGAAACCCCAUUGUUUACAGCUGCCGGAUUUGCAGAGACAGAAAUAGUGAAGUUUUUAAUCAGAUCCAAACCAGGACAAUGCGUGGAUGAUGAUGCCCUCCUAUUACCAAUUCACCGCCAGAGAACGGUAGAUAACCUGUCCAUCCUUAGCGCUGCUAUCAUAGGGCAAAACUUUGAAACAGCUUUACUGUUGCUAGAACUGGAUAAAUCGCUCGCCAGCUUGAAGGACAAAAAUCAAAUAUCUACUCUUCAACUUCUAGCCGAAAUGCCAGGUGCUUUUGAGAGUGAAUUUCCCAUGGGCGUAUUUGGAAGACUCAUCUACUACUUUGCAGGCCUUCCUGUUCCACGUCACCGCAAGGUAAAAUCAAAGGAAAAAAGUGGGAGCCGUGCAGGGAAGGGGGUGGGAGAUCUUGAGAGCGGUCUGGGGAGGAACUCAGGAGAUCUGGGGAGUGUCUCGAAGAGGAAUCAAAGAGGCGGCAUACUCAAAUAUUUAAAGGUCCCUAAAGGAUGUUGGCUAGAAGGAAUCUGGAACCAGAAAAAAAAGCGUGUAUUUGCUUUGAGAUUCGCCAAAAGCCUAGUAGAGAAAGAUGACUCAUAUGAGUUAGAGGGAGAGGAAGGACGAGAUGGAAAACAAACCGUUCUGCUCCCAUCACAAAUCAUAACAGGAGACCAAAAUAAAGAAGAAGAAGGGCAAACUUCUAAAAUCACUAGCGAAGCAAAAGAAAUAGAAAAAGACCAAUGUCCAACAGCACACACUUCUUUAAUAAAGUCAUCAUUAACUAUUAAGGUGGAGAGCCCAUUGUUUACUGCAACUAGAAGGGGAAUAGAAAAGAUUGUAGAGAUGAUAAUAAAACUACAUCCUCAUGCUAUUGAGAAGCUCAAUAAGGAGGGUCAGAGCAUUUUGGAUAUGGCCGUCAUGUAUCGCCAGAAAAAGAUCUUCGAUUUUCUGAAGCAACAGAAAAUACAAUUGGCUAGAAUGCGUCGAGUUGUUGAUAGUAAGGGCAACACAUUGUUGCAUCAUGUUGCAGAGAAGGGGAAAAACAGUGGAGUAACCAAGCCUGGGCUGAUAAGAGAAUUUUUACCAUGAAUAUUUUCUACUAUUCAUGCUUGAUUUUAAAAUAUUUUUGAUGUAUUGCACAAGAUAAUUAGAAUUUUGAAUUUUUUUUAAA